GCUAUAGACGGGCCUAUAAAGCUUAUGAUGUACGAAGUACGUACGCAUCGAAUUCUUUAGACGGUUGAGAUACGGGUCAAAAUAACGCGGAGAAAAUUGAAGCGAUAAGACAAGACUGUUACGUUGCGUUUAUAGUGGUGAGGUUUGCCUUUUGGGAAAUUGAAAUCGGUGAAAGACUUUUGUCGAUAUUAGUUUGUACUAAGUCUAAAGAACGUCUCUCGGUCAAGAAAGCACUCGUCAAUCCUGUGUAGUGGAAACUUUUGCUUGUAUUCAACAUUGCUAGUGUUGAGGUUGAUUAUCCUGCUUAUAUCAAGUGAAGAAUUGAACAAUGAAGUUGCUCGUAUUCGGUGCCACAGGUGAAACAGGUCGUGAACUUGUAAAACAGUCGUUGAAACUUGGACAUUUUGUCACUGUUCUCGUGCGAGAUCUUCAAAAGAUGGACAUAAGACACGAUAAUCUUGAAGUGAUAAAAGGCGACGCACGUGAUUUAAGCUCAUUUGAAAGUGUCUUGGCUGGCAAAGAUGCCGUUUUGUCGUGUAUUGGGACGCGAGAGUGCAGAGGACCUUUUCAGUUUACAUCAUUGUACUCUGAUACGAUGAAAAAUAUGAUAUUGGCCAUGAAAAGGAACGACGUGAAGCGAAUUGUUGCUGUAACGUCUUGGUGCACCCAGCCCGGUCCAAAUAAUCCUUGGUUUAUCGAAUGGUUUCUUAAACCCUUUAUUAUUGGAGCAAUUCUUCGAGAUAUGGCUAUCAUGGAAGAAAUGUUAGCCAAAACUGAUGAAGAUAUGAUCAAUUAUACCAUCGUUAGACCGCCUAGAUUGUUGUCUGUCGAAGGUAACGACAAUUAUAAAGUGCAAGAAGGUCAGUGUAAUACAAAUACGUUACAGCAAAUACCUCGUGCCGAUGUCGCUCAGUUUAUGUUGAAAACACUCGAAACCAGCGAUUACGAUCGCAAAGCUGUGGCGAUUGCAAGCUAUAUCUGACAUACUAGGAUGCAACUCGGGACGGUAUUCUACAUGUAUUCGAUAAAGUAAAGUUAGUGAAUGUUGUGGAUCACGCGAACUCUAUAUAGCAUUUUUACGUACACAGUUAUGAUCGGAUAUUCGUCGAUUGAUAAAUCAAGCUCUCAUUCUGUAAUGUGACGUCACUGGUUGGGUAAAUCGGACGUUACAAAAACCUCAGUAUCUCGAGUUUAAAAAUAGACGUGCAUUGAGGUCUUUAGGAAGAUUCACUGUCAUUAAAAGUUCAGUUUAAUUGGAAUGAAAUUCAAGUUUCACCAUGCAAUAGGCUGUCGGGACUGACGGACAUUUCUUAGUUAUUAUGAUUGACAUUUAUUUGGGGGGUUUCAGAAGUGGGUUGUUUUUAUGAUGGUGAUUUAGCAUUACGAUUAUUGAUUUAGUGAGUUUUAGUAUCCUUACUGCGAUUAGAGUGGGAGCGAACGUUUUCGCGUGGGGACUGUAUUAAAUAUUCUUGACAAGGCUGUGAAAUUCACCAUCCAACGAAUUUUACUGUCAGACCCGAGACUUUCCUACAAUCUGCAUUUGUUUCAAACUUUUGCGUGACUUUGUUUACAGACAUGCAAUCUGUACCUUUACACUUGGAACUCACGUAAUGUUAUAUUUUUGCGAUGUAAUUAGACUUUUAUUGGUCUGCUGAACAAAUUGAUUGGCGUGCUCGCGGUUUUACCAUGCGAGCUAGCUAACGUAGGACUCCAUGAGGCUGGUUACGUGGAGCAUUUUCAACCCUGGGCUGAACUGAGCCCCGUUGAGUGAGUUGAAAUUUGUUGCUUUUACAUGCAAAAUCACAUCCCUCAGGAUAGAAUUACCUGGAAUCUAGUGUAAUAAACACGUACGCUUUUUAAAAAAAUCAACCCUAAAUUAAACACGCUUACAUGUCGUAUUACAGACGAUUACACGUCGUAAUUUUCGUCCCAGCACUGAGUUCAACACUGGACUGAAAUUUCAACUCACUCAACGGAGCACAGUUCAGCCCAGGUUUAAAAAUGCUUCCGUGUAAUCAGCACCUAAAUCGUGAAAGUGCUUAUUAAGUGAAAAGUUGCACUUUAAAUUACAGUUUAUCAAAUGGAACUUUGAAUUGACGGUAGACUUUCUAAAACGAUUUGCGAAUAUCACUUUUCAUUCUUAAGAUAUUCAAGUUUUUGCAAUGUCUUUGUAAACAACCAGUGACGUCAUAUUGCAUAACUUUCGCCGAAAAAUUUCAAAUAUCUUUCAGUUUCUUGGCAACUUUUGGAUGAAAUGCGUUGGCCGGAUUUAUACCAUCAACGCUAUUGAGCGAAGGCGUCUUUGCCAGGAGGAAGUAAAAUAUCGUCAAACAUACCUGAUAAUUCAAAUCACAUUAUGUUGUAUGUGGUUUUACAAAAUUGGACAUGACAAAAACUUGUACAUCUUAAGAACGAAAAGAGAUGUUCUUAAACUGUAUUAGAGAGUCUACUGUCGUUUUUAAAGUUCUGUUUCAUAAUACUGUAAUUUAAAACGUAAAAGUUUUGCUUCAUAAUGCAGGAAGGUUGUUGCUAAAAAUCCGCGUGCGAUUAGAAUAUAAACGCGUGCAUUAUUUUGUUAUUAGCAUGUCUCUAAAAGACUUUUUUCCUCUGUCGAGAAUUCUUAUGCCAAUUAUACUUCAUAAUAUGGUCAAUUCAAAUUCAACAUCUUUAGCUAAUAAAUGUGGCAAUUAUGUUUAAUGAAAUAUCGAGGAUAAUUUGUAUAUCAAAGUGUACGGGUCGAUACACUUCGCCCGAGAAAAUAAUUCUUUUGUUUACAAUGUAAGUAAUUUUAACGACCUGCAA